AUGUCUAAAGCGGAUGGUCUAAAAUUCCAACUUCUGAAACUUAAUUCAUCAGGCAAAGUAGUUGCGGAGCUAUCAAAGGGUUAUUACACUAAGGCUGCAGUUUUGUUACACCCUUCCCGUGUCACUCUUGAUGAUAUUAAAGGUACGGCAUCUCUUACACAGUUCACGGUUGAAAAAACACUUACUUUCAAAAAUAUUGAAACCUUGGGUAAGACCGACAAAGGUUUUGAAGAUGCUAAACGUGUAAUUGCUGCUCUAAAGAACAAAGGGGUAUCCGGGAUAGGAGCUGUAGGGUUCUGUUGGGGCGGCAAAGUAGUUGCGGAGCUAUCAAAGGGUUAUUACACUAAGGCUGCAGUUUUGUUACACCCUUCCCGUGUCACUCUUGAUGAUAUUAAAGAGAUUAAGACCCCAAUAGCCAUAUUGGCUGCUCAAUUUGACAACAGCACUGCACCUGAACUCGUGAAACAGUUUAAGGAGGUUUUAUCCACUAAUAAGAUUGAUAACUUUGUGAAAAUAUUUCCUGGUGUUUCGCAUGGAUGGACUGUCAGGUAUAAAGAUGACAAUGUGACCGCUGUCAAAAGCGCUAAUGAAGCUCAUCAAGAUAUGUUGGACUGGUUUACUAAGUAUGUUCAAAAAACAUGAUUCUGUGGAUUAUGAAAUGUCCUCCAUCAUUUACAUUUACAAAGUAUUGUUGCAUCUUACUGUAGAAUCAGUUCUCAAUAAAGAAUGGUGAGCAGGAAAAGUAGUAGGAACAUUUGCAAUUUUUAAGCUGUUCUAAACUUGCUUCCUUUGGAAUUUCCAAUAUAUAGUUACUAAGAAACACUAUUUGGCAUUUCCAAAGUACUAUGUCUGGAUGUAUGAUAUGAAAUGGUAAUGUCAUUU